AGCAAAAGAGUAGAUCCUCGAAUGUAUGGGAAGGGACCUUUUGGAGGCGAUGAAUCUGAGGGGAAAGAAGAAGAUGAGAACCUUUUCCCGGUCUUCUCGGCCCGAUCUCAACACGACAUGCGUGUUAUGGUCUCGGCCUUGACUCAAGUAAUCGGAAGCAACUCUAAUGACAACAUGAGCUCUAUUGAUAAUUAUCCUUCUGUGUAUAAUCCACAAGACCCUAAUCAACAAGUUGCUCCUACUCAUCAAGACCAAGGGAACUUGAGGAGGAGACACUAUAGAGGUGUAAGGCAAAGGCCAUGGGGAAAGUGGGCAGCUGAAAUCCGAGAUCCACAAAAGGCGGCACGAGUGUGGCUCGGGACAUUUGAAACCGCUGAAUCCGCAGCCUUAGCUUAUGAUGAAGCAGCUCUUAAGUUCAAAGGAAGCAAAGCAAAACUCAAUUUCCCAGAGAGGGUUCAGCUUGGAAGUAACUCUACAUAUUACUCCUCCAACCAAACUCCACAAAUCGAGCCACAAAAUAUACCAAACUAUAAUCAAUAUUAUCAAGAUGGGAGUAGUAAUGAUAUGCUAAGUUUUAAUUUGGGCGGUGGAUAUGGUAGUGGUAGUGGAUAUUCAAUGUCCCAUGAUCAUAGUACUACGACUGCUGCUACAACUUCCUCGUCUUCUGGUGGCUCUUCUAGGCAACAUGAAGAUCAAGAUUAUGCCAGAUUUUGGCGCUUUGGGGAUUCAUCUUCCUCUCCUCAUUCGGGUUUUUGAGAUUUGAUAAGUUACUUGUGAUGAAGUAAUGAUAUAUGCUGCUUUUUGAAUGUUUUUGAUGAGUGUUAUUUUUUGUCCUCCGUUAAGAUUUCUGAAACGUUUUUUCUUGUUUUUUUUUUUUCUUACCUCCAAUAUAUUUAUUUGGUCAUG